UGAAACACCCUUUUAAAUCCCGACCCCUUUGGCCACUCAACUUACGUUCCUCUUCCCACCAAACCUACAGUACCCUCUCUCUCUAACACAUAUACCCACACUCUCCCUCUGUCUCUCUCGAAGCUCUUCCAUGGCUACAGAAGAAAAUAAUAACCCUCCUCCAGCUCAACCUCCUCACCCAGCUGCCUCAAUCCCUCAGUACCCCGAGAUGAUUAUGGCGGCGAUCGAGGCUCUCAACGACAAGAACGGCUCGAACAAGUCGGCUAUCUCCAGGUAUAUUGAGUCAACUUACGCGGAUCUGCCGGCAGCUCACUCGACACUCCUCUCCCACCACCUCAGCAAGCUGAAGCAGGCCGGCCAGCUCGUUUUGGUAAAGAACAAUUACAUGAAGCCAGACCCCAACGCGCCUCCGAAGCGUGGACGAGGCCGCCCGCCAAAGCCUAAGGCGCCGCUCCCACCCGGAACCGUCGUCUCGCCACCCAGGCCACGGGGCCGUCCGCCAAAGCCGAGGGACCCGUUCUCGCCGCCCCCGGUACCCAAGGCAAAGAAGGCAUCCUCCGGGAGUGGCAGGCCACGUGGUCGUCCACCCAAGAAGGCCAAGACGGCUGCGGCGUCGGCUGCAGCUCCGUCUGAUGGGCCUCCUAGAGGGAGAGGAAGGCCGCCGAAGGUGAAGCCGGCCGUGGAGCCGAUUGGGUGUUGAGCUACCUCAGAGAUCAAAUUGAGUGAGAGAGAGAAAGAGAGAGAGACAGUUAGUUUCUUUUAAUUUUUAGGCGUAUUAGUUCUCCGCUAAUUGAUGGCUUUUUUUUUAUUAAUUUUUGUUUAAACUUUAUCCUUAUCUUUAUCCACUUUCUUUAAUUUUUCUAUCUUUUGUUUAUUAUGUGGUUGGUGUUGUAACGUUGUAGGGUGGAGAGUGGGUUUAAUGUGACUGUAAUUGCAUGUAAA